AUGGGUGACGUCUACAGAGAUCGCGUAUAUCGUGACCGUGAGUGGGAGCGGGACGAUGCUUCAUCAGGCGACGAGCGUUAUCGUAAAACCACAAUCCGACGUUACAAAGUCACCCCCAGCAGGUCAGACCAAUACGAACGAUCUUCCGAAUUUGAUGAUGGUCGUUCCCAUGCCUCCCGUUAUGGCCGCGCUUCAGGCGAUUUAAUUGAGCAGGAUCGACGCUCUUACGCACCAGAUCGACCUCACUCUGCUUUUGAGGGAGCACCUUCGCAUGCCAGCUUCCACGAUGACCGUGGCCGGAACGCAGCUCCUCGUUCCUUCAUUUACGAGAAGGAAAUCGAGCGAGAAACUUAUCCUCCACCCCCGCCUAUGCCGAUGCCUGCGCCGUCUCAAGCAGGCGACCGACCUCGCGCGCCAAUGUAUGCCGAGACCAAGGAAGUUGAGCGUGACUGGGAACGAAGAUCUCGCUUUGACGCUCUAUUCGACGAUGAUGUCAAGGUCGAGAACCAAAUGGUGAGGACUGAACGUCGAGAUAAUGGCGAGUUUCGUGUCGAGAAGCGCGUGGAAGAACACAUCGACGACACUCAUGGAUGCGAUGUUGAGCGAUAUCGCAAGGAAACGGAAUACUACACCCCUUACGACCCCCCGCCUCCGCCAGCUCCUGUUAUCAUUCGACAACGUGCUCCCGAACCGCAGAAAAUCAUUGUCCAAGAAGCUCCCACCCCGGCACCCGUUGUCAUUUCUCCUCGCGUACAGCAACAGCCCGGCGUGGUUGUCAUUCGUGAAAAGGAACCGGAGAGACAGCAGAUGGUCAGAAGAGAGCAUCGACAUGAACACCGACAUGAACAUCGACAUCGCCCGGCAGAGGAGGAAUACUACUACCGCCACGAACACCGAGACUCCCGUGGAGAACGCGAAUAUGCCGUUGAGCGGUUUGAUCGCAGACGUCGCGAUUAUGGCCACUAUAGUGAUGACGAUGACUACUAUGUCCGUCGCAAAGUCGUUCGUCGCCGUGAGGGUAGCGAAAGUCCCCACCACAAGCGUCACCUGGCAGAGGGCGCUCUCGCUGGUGCCGGUGUUACUGCUCUUCUCAAUAGUCGCCGCGAUGACUACGGCGAGCUGCCCGAGAACCGUGGACGAAAGGUUAUCGCUGGAGCUGCCCUGGGAGCGCUCGGUACUGAGGCGUUGCGAAGAGCUCGCAGCGCUUAUGGCGACCGAUGGCAUGGCGACGAUGGGUCUCCCGACCGCUCCUCUAGACUCAAGCAAGGCCUUGGAAUCGCUGCUGUUGCUCUAGCUGCUGCCGGUGCCGCCAAAUACUACCAGUCCAACAAGAUUGAGAAGGAAGAGGCGAUCCGGGGCAGAAGCCGCCGUCGUGGUUACCAUUCAGAUGAUUACUCGCGCUCGCGUUCGCGCUCCAUCAUUCGAAAAACCACGACGAAGACCAAGAGCAAGAGCACUAGCCGUCGUCGCAGUCUGUCAACUGCGGCCAAGGCGGCUUUGGGUACUGUUGCUGCUGCAGGUGUCGCGAAACACUUGCGCAACAGGUCCAAGUCUCGAGGCCGUAACAGCAGUAGGUCAAGCAGCUCGCGUAGCCGAUCAAGGAGCCGCAGCAAGUCAAGACUUCGUCGCGGUGCCGAAAUUGCUGGCGCAGCUGUAGCAGCCAAGGCGGCGCACCAUGUUUGGAAGAAGCGCAAGGAUAAGAAGGACGGCAGUGAUAACAGCAGCGACGAUGAGUACUACCGACGAGGCCCAUCGAGGAGCCGAAGCCGGAGCAGGUCCAAGGCCAGAUCCAUUCGUUCAGAGCGCGGGACUGAUCCUGAGCUAGGCCCCGUAGUUGAAUACGGAACCGAUCCCCUCAUGCCCGCCGGGGCGUCGCGGGCCUACGAAUCCGAAGCAGAGGCAAGGCGUCGACGCCGCAGACGACGCGAUCGUAGCCGCUCCGCCUCAUCUGUUGGUUCUGACCAUGACCGCAAACGCAGCAGAAGUCGCCUCAGAACCGCGGCAGCCGCAGGAGCCGCGGCCUUCGGUAUUAAGGAAUACAAGGAUAAGAAGGAUAGAGAGAAGAGAGAGCAGCGCUCCAGGGAACGUCGGCUUGAGCUAGAACGGGAACGCGAGCGAGAGGAUGAGCGAGACCGUCGCGGUCGAGCUACCAGAUCUCCCUCGCGAAACCGAUCUCAAAGCCGCUCCAGGAAACGCUACGAUGACUAUGACGAACGCAGCAGACCACGCUCACCACCAAUGGCAUCUGGUGGAGCUGGCUUCCCGCCUUACCCUAUGGAUCGUUCUCCUUCACGCGGAGCUCCUUAUGGUAACUUCCCAAAUCGCUCUGGCGAAUUUCAGCCAUAUGUUCCUCAGGAUUACACGGGCUAUCCCCCACCUCCACCUGGACCCCCUCGAGGGCUUUCAACCGGACCUUCUAGCUACCCACCGCCGCCAGGACCUCCUGGGCCACCACCUCCUCCUGGACCCCCAGGACCUCCACCAUCCGGUGGCCCAAGACCGCCUGACAAUGUGAGUAAUCCUGUCCAUAACCUCGGCUCAAGAAGCCUUGAUGAGGCUAGUCUAACGAACUCGUCUGACGACGAACACCCGGCUAAGUCGGUGAUGUUCGGUCCGAUGUCGCCUAAGAGUUCGAUGACAAUGAGACAACAUCGCGCAGAAGCGGCAGCAAAAGAGGAAAAGGAGAAACAAGAACAAGAGGCCCACGAUGUAGCUCAAGGUCUUGUGUCUGCCAGACCACGCUCGAAGUCGUUAGAUAUCGACUCCUAUUUCGACCGGAGAAACCGGUUUUUAGAUGAUGACUCAAGUUUGGAUGAGCCUAUCGAAGUCUUGCCCGACCGAUUUGAUAGACAUGGUAGGCCCCUGGAUAAACGAUCCGCCAAGCAUCGCGAUUGGACACGCAGACAGGGCGAUUUCGAAUACAAGCCCAAACAUAAAGAUGAUUGGGAUAUCAAGGGCGCAUGGCAAGUGGCUGGGACUGAUGGUCAAGCUGUGGAUCAGAUUGUUCGUGGUGUAACUGGAGCACUUGAAGGCAAAAGCGGCUGGCUUGGUUUGCUUGGAACUGUUCUUGGCGGACUUGCAGAGCCAGAGCGACAAGGCGCUAUCGAAGAUGGACAUCAAGAGGAAAGGAGGCGCAGAAGGAGACAUCGGGAUUAA